AUGAAUGAUAAUACAAAAUAUAUACGUGACGAGUAUAUAAAUAGUGUAUUGGAAAAAAUUGCAAUUAAAUCUGACAUAGAAUCGUGGAACUAUGAGAAACAGUUUUUCCAAAAUGUUGCACAAAACUAUUUUGGAGUAAUUAUUCCAGUUAAGUUAAAUGGAAAAAAGGAGGGAAAAGAAAUAUCUUUAAAUCUGGUACUCAAAUUAGCUCCAACUGAUGAAAGGUAUCGAGUAAGUGGAGCAGUAACCAGUUUCUUUCAGCGGGAAAUAUUUAUAUACUCUGAUGUCUUGCCUAGCUACAGGAAGAUCCGAAAUGGGAUUACUACUUUAUCAGACUUUAUUGUACCAGAAUGUUAUUACUUAAAAAAAGAUUAUUGUGAAGAAGUAAUAACAAUGCAAAAUAUGUGUGCCAAUGGGUACAUGCCUUUUGUAAAUGAUUCUAUACUAGACAUUGAACAUUUGGUGAUAUCAAUAAAAUGUUUGGCAAAUUUUCAUGCUCUUUCUUUUAUAUUAAAGAAGCAAGAAAGUCAUCUAUUUAAUAUUGCCCAAAGCACCUGUGUUCCCUUAUCUAGGAAAGCAAAUGAACGGUUUUACACCAUAUUACAAGACAGAUUAACUAAAGCUUUAAAAGUGUUCUCAAAUACUCAAUAUGUACCUGCAUUAGAGAGAUUACAAAAGGAUUGUGAUAAAUUUGUAGAAGCAUGUUAUAAGUCUGUUAAUGCAUUAGUACUAUGCCAUGGAGACAUUUGGAAAGAAAAUUUACUCUUUAAAUAUGAGCAUGGGAAACCGGUAUCUGUGUGUAUGAUUGAUUACCAAACAACAAGAAUUUCUAGCCCAGCUUAUGAUGUUUUAUAUCUUAUUAUAUCUAGUUCAGGUCAAGACCUACGUAGUCAACAUUAUAAACAACUUCUGGACACAUAUUAUCAGACAUUGAGUGAAAACCUGUUGGAAGCUGAAAUUCCUGUGAAUAAAAUAUAUUCAAGGCAAAUGUUUGAUGCUGAUUUAAUUGCAGUUGCACCAGCUUGUCUUGUUAUAGCGAAUACAGCAAUUUGGCUGUCUAGUGGAUGCCAACAAGAAGGACAUGUCAAAAGUAAAAUUGUUUUAGAAACUGAAGAAGACAUACAAAAAGCAAUAUGUUUAUAUAAAAAUCGAAUGACUGCUAUUUUCGAUGACUUAAUCAGCUAUGGAUAUUUAAAAGAUAUUUUGGAAUAA